AUGGACGGAGAUUAUCUAACAUCUAUUUUGGGGGGGAACAAAACGAAGGCAGGAAAUUUUUUUGGAUUCAUCAGAUUCAUAGGGGUUGAAGAUGCUAAAGUACUGGAAUCAAAGCUAAAUGGGACGAAGUGCAGGAAGAACACACUGGAGAUUAACAUUGCCAAGCAUGUGAGGAAAAUCCCUAGUAAGCCACACAACAACGAAACGGCCAUGGCGCUGGCAACGGAUUCGUUGAUAACCGUUCAUAUGCCCAGUGAUUUGGAAAGGUGGAUAAAAAAAUCCACCCUAAUUGGCGAAGCAAGAUCGAUGAACCACUUGGAUCACAUGCCGACGCUUAUUUCAAUACACAGUGAACAUUGUCCAAAAGUGAAAUAUGCAGGUGGGCUGAUGGCACGAAUUAGCUUCAAUUCCACUGUUAGUGCUGGGAACUUCCUUAGCCAAGAAAAUAACGGGAAGCACAUCUUUAAAUGGCUGAAAUGGGGAGAUACAGAGGUCACAAAAUUUGAACGUGUUGCUUGGGUAAGGAUUGUGGGGCUUCCAUUAAAGCUGUGGAAUGAAUCCAACUUCAAGGCAAUAUUGGCAAAGUACGGGAAGAUAGUGGCGCCAUGCGACAAAAUCCAAGAUAGGAUGGAUUUAUCGGUUGCUAAACUAAGCAUUCUUACCAGUGAAAAAAGGAAACUCAAUGAGAUAGUUAACGCAGAGGUAGACGGUAAACCAUUCACUGUGGGAGUGGUGGAGUAUGAAGAUGAACCAUGGUUUCCAUUCAAAUUUGAUGAUGAAGAGGAACCGUAUGAAUCACAAUCGGAUGUCAACUCUUCCUCAGACGAGGACUACGACGGCGAAGAUGACAAAGAGUACAGUGAUGGGGCAAAAUCUGACGCAGACAUGAAAGAAAAUGAAGUCGAAGAAGGUGAGAUUGUGGCAGAGGAGUUCGACGACGAAGAUGACAAAGAGUACACAUUGACGCUGCUGCUUGUUGGGGCUCAAACAAUUUUGGGGUAA